AUGCGGCGUCUCAAAACUGUGUUCCGGCCCAAAUCUGAGACACCUGACCCUGCUGCAUCUCGUGCUGGCCGGCCACGACGGCGUCCAGCUUCUGAGGGAGACCCAUUGAAGCCUCAGCCAGAAUCCGCCUGCAAUGAACUACAACGCGAUGAGCCUACAACUGAAGCGGGACCCAGCGCUGCGAACAAACCACCUGGCUCUGCCACAGUAGCCCCCGUUGACAAUGGGGAAACUGGGCCGAAUGCCCAACAUACCCAAGAAUUUCGCCAGCUUCCUCGAUCUAAGAAUGGCACCAAACGUCUGAAGAGAAUGGUUGCUCGCUUGCGAGGCAGCCUAUCCCAGGAAGAUGAUCCCAUCACGGAGACACAGCCUCAAGCUGCGCAGGAGGGUACCCGCAAAGAAAGGUUGAGGUCCAAACCUUUGGCUUCCAAUCCCAUUGAUCCAGAUACUGCCGGGGAACCAUCCACAACCACAGGCAAGUCUGUCAGGUUCGAUGACCCGCAAGAGGGGCGGAAGGUUAGCGCUCAGACAACUCAUUCUCAGGAGUCCAGCCAGACUGAGGAUACUGUGUGUUGGGACCCUGCCCGACACAUUGCGAUGCCUAUUCAGGAACCUAUGGAUUGGGGAUUGCCGGGACUGAUGAUGUAUUACCCUGACAGUAGUAGCAAUGCCAACACUCAUACCCUCGAGGGUUCGGACCCGUUCUCGGAUGAGAAGGCCGCUGACGUCCGACAAGGAAGGUCGGGUUCCUCGAGACAUAGUGCCGGCACGAGCCGAGAGGAAUCAUCCAGGGCUUCUGAAGGGACGCUGGAGCCUAUCGCCGAGACUGAUUUGGACACAAUCGAACCAGUCGUCGAACCCGAGUCAGAACGUGCGGACUGUCAGAGGGCAAUUUCGGCGAACAGUGAAGCAAGCUGGAGUAGCACACUUGACUCACCCAAGGCAAUCUCGGCCUUCAACCAUAUGGCAUCUCAGUUCAAUAUCCCGAUUGCCAUUCCCGGUGAAGAUACCCCAAGUCCACCAGCAGAGCGCAAUCCUGACACCGAGGAACAGGGCACGAGUCGUCGUGGAUUUGGAUUGUUGGGCAAAGUUCGCAAGGUGCGAUCCAGUUUGGAUGCCGACACAACCCCUUUGGCACCAGCUCCUAAGCUGCGACGAAUGAAAACAUUCGCGAAUAUGCGCCGUCCCAAUCCGAUGACUUCGUUACAAGGAAAAUCGAUCGAGACUUUGGCCCGUCUUGGAGGACAUGGCUAUCUGAUGCUGACGGACCUAGCCCCCUGUCCCGUCCAGUUGCCGGCAUACAUUGUGGCAACGCUGCUGUUUCUGCAUAAAUAUGGUCUUGACACUCCCGAGAUCUUCAUCCAGCCCGGCGAUCUGAAAGUCGCCAUUCGUCUGUACGACCACUUUGCUAGCCAGGUGAUCGACGCCGAGAAAGAUGAGUCUAACAUUUCCCUUACCAUGCGUGUGGUUGCCAUGCCCCAGCUCCGUGAAGACGCGGCGCCCGUGCUGAGUGUGGCCUGGGCCUUAAAGGCCGUGCUGGCGGGGCUUCCAGACGGGAUCCUCGGGAGUGUCCGGCUCUACCGAGUUUUGAGCCAAAUGUACUACCAUUCGGUUCCAGAACAAUCACAUCUCCUCCGUGUGCCAGACUGCAUCUCUGAGGCGAGCCCAACGACUGCCAUCCGAGUGCAGCUUAUGUGCCUUGCGCUCAUUGCUCUCGCUCCUGAGAUGCAGCGCGAUCUUAUCUGUGCAGUAUUUGGGCUACUGUCCAUGCUGGUGAAUGCAAAGACCAACGUCCAAGACCAACCCGGGAUGGAGCUCCGUGAUCCAGUGGCGAGUCCGAACUUCCAGGACUUGGUGCGGGUGUUUGGACCGCUGCUCCUCGGGCCCAGGGGGCAACAGAACCGAGAGCAAGAGAACCGAGAAGGGAUCUUAAGAGAGGUGCAAAAGGACGUUGAAGAUCAACGUGUGGCGGGGUUAUUGCUCAAUAAUUGGCAUUUCAUACAUCGACAGUUGCAACACUGGACCCGUGGACGGUACGUGGUGGGCAGGGAAUAA